CUCGCUCCCUGCCCACUCCCGGGGGGACGCUCCGCGCCGCGGCCGCCGCGGCCGCCGCUUCUUUCACAGUUUAGUUGGGAGCCGCGCGCCGCGCUCAGUUACUGGAGAGCUGGCCGCGCGCCGCCGCCUCCCGCACGCACGCACGCGGGCCGGGCCUCGGGGGCUUCGGCUCUUACUCCCGGCGGCCGGGAGGAGGGGGAGACCCGGACUCGGUGUGGGGAGGAGGAGGAAGAGGAGGAGGAGGGAGGAAGAAAACCAGCCGGGAGGACUGGGGCGGGGGGCGGGAGGCUUGCCACCUUCAGCCCCCCCCGCGAGCGCCCAAGGUGCGCACGUCUGGACCGACGCAGCAAGAAGGCAGAUUUUCCUUGUGUCUAAAGAAGAAAAAAAUGUCCCCGUGUCUGUAGAGAUGAUUUGCAGUUCAGCCCGGCUGAAGCUGACCGAAUGAGACUAUGGGCUGUGCCUCCGCCAAGCAUGUUGCCACUGUUCAAAAUGAAGAGGAAGCCCAGAAAGGGAAGAACUACCAGAACGGAGAUGUGUUUGGCGAUGAGUAUAGGAUCAAACCGGUGGAAGAGGUCAAAUACAUGAAAAAUGGGGCAGAAGAGGAGCAGAAAAUAGCAGCCAGGAACCAAGAAAACUUGGAAAAAAGUGCCAGUUCAAAUGUAAGACUUAAAACUAAUAAAGAGAUUCCGGGAUUAGUUCAUCAACCCAGAGCAAACAUGCACAUCUCUGAAAGCCAACAAGAAUUCUUCAGAAUGCUGGAUGAAAAAAUUGAAAAGGGUCGAGAUUACUGUUCGGAAGAAGAAGAUAUCACAUAGCACCAAUUCUACCACUCAAACCGGGAGCUACUACUGUGUAAAUAGGUUACACCCCAGUUGAAAUCUUUGCAAAGGUCGGUUCUCUUCAGCAAACAGCACUAUAGCAAAAGAAGAUCGUUCCAUAUCGUAUGCCCCAUUAAAUUACAGUGUUUCUUAAUGAACUUGCAAAGGAAUAUUGCUAAAAACAAACAAAAAACUGUUAUCGAACUUUCUUUGUUGCUGCUAGUUAAAACUUGUUGCAACUUUUCACUUCUCUCAGUGUCCAGGUCUGCAGCAAAAUUCUACAAUUUCACCUUAAAGAUACCGUUGGUUUUACAGAUGCUCUCCAACCUGUUUUCUAUAAGAUGAGGUAGUGGUGAACUCAGAUAUCCAACUUCUGUUCUAGACUGGUUCCGCUUCUAAGACAAGCGCCUCCUUCCCUCUCUCCUUCCUCCCUGCCUUCCCCUAAGCAGUCCAAAGCCUUGCUUCUCACUGGCAGUGUUGUGCUUUGGAGAUGGGAUGGUUGCUAUGGCAAGCCUUGUUUCUCUGCUAAGAAGAAGUAGAGACGCUAUUAUCGAUUAAAAGCAUGUUAAGACAUGACUCCUGGAAGUGACAUAGGAGCGAGCGGCAGGUGAUUUCAUUUCCUGGGUCUCUUAAUCAAAGAUCAAGCUUGCAGCAUCAGUUUCGCUCAGACGCAGACGGAAGUGUGAUCACAAUCAUUUUGAAUCCCUCUUGCCCACUCUUUUUUCUAAGAAAAUAAACAUUUUACUGUUUUUAUGUAUCCUUGUCUUCUCCCAUUCAUCCAGCUCAGUGUUUUACGAUGAUCCUGGGUGCAAAAGAUGAGCCCUCCUUAGCAAUGACACCUUAACGGCUUCCUGCCAUACCGUUUAGAAUCCACCAAGCACUUGCAGUGCUGUCAGAGGUCAGAGGAGAUGAGGGGACGUCCCAUGGCUUUUUAGGAGGGCCUGAAACCACCCUGUUCCCUUCCAUCUUGUUAGCAAAUAAACCACUCUACUUCCUAAUCCUCUCCCUUCAAAAUGUCACGCGAGCCUUGCCACUUCCUCUCUCUUACUUGCAGCACUGGAUGGUGUGGUGAAAAGCGUUUGCCGACUGGAAAACGUAGUACAUUGACACUGGUGAUGAUACGCGGAGAUGCAAAAGCCAAAGCCCCGGGCCGUAGUGGGGAACGUGAACUGUGGGUUUGGUAGAGUUUAUUUUUCCAUAUUCUAGGAAGAGAAUGAUCUCUUCUCAAAGACAGAAGUAAUAUUUUUAACAAAUGUUGUCACAAGUAAAUAGCAAUCAAAAGGAGAAAAUAACUUUUGUAUUUUUUUAACACGUUCGAUAGCUUUGAUGAGGGAUCUCUUUGUUACUUUGGGGGGAGGGCACCCUAUUCAAUGCCAUGCCAGCAGUCCUGAUUUGGGUUUGUCCCACCAAAAAAAAAAAAAAAAACCCACAGCAAAAGCACUGUAUGUUUCUCUCUUUGCGGGGUUGUGAACGUGAAAGGCCUCGAUGUCAGCCACACUGCCACCCUCCGAAGGCGGGUAGUUAAUACGUUCCGCGUUGUCGGGAGAUCACCUGUCACAGAAUCGGAUAAGAAGCUUAGUGUGUUCUUGCUGAGAAGAUGAGCCUUGACUUGAAAAUCCAUCCGCUUAGGUGAUGACAGCACUAAUGUAUUCAGGGCGGGAUUCCUAACCUCCUCUCAGACCGGCACACACCAAAAGCCAGGGGAAGGACACUCAGGCACUAGAGAAAAUGGACUCAAAUGUUAGCAACAAAAACCCUUCCUUCUUUCUGCCAGCAGCAGCAGCUAUUUUGGGGAGCAGCUGUGGUUGUUACAUAAAUAGAGAUGCAGCCAAAAUUUCAGGCUUUUUAUCCUGCUUCAAGCAGGAAAAAAAUACAGGGAGAGUCGAGUCGCCUAGGAUUUUAAGUUCCCUCCCUUUGUACGGUUUUUAGCCAAGUGACUAAGAUAGUUUUCCUCAACUGUAAACAAACUGCUAAGCCCCACCUCAAACUUGUGCUCUGGGGAUUGUUCACUGUUCCAAGGAUGACCUUUUCCCGAGAGCCCUUGUUCUUAUGGAGCAAGAAUGAAGCAAACACUAAACAUCUUCCAUUUGGCUCCUCUACUUGGUGUCUCAGAUAGUGUCUUCCCAGAAAAUCACCACCUUCCACACCAAGAUGAAACACACUCACAUCAUUUUUCUUACAGUUGCCUGUAACAUUUUGACAUGAUACACAUGUACACAGAACCACAUGUCUCGGGAAUCCGAUUUUUGAGGGUUUCGUGAAACUCGAAGCGUUGUACCCGUGAACCAGUGGCUUUUCACCUGGAGUUCGGUCUCCCAGGUUUAACACUGGCUACCUCUGUGAUGUGCAGAAGUGAUUUCAUCUGCAGACACAUGUGGUACCUCUAGAAAUAGAUCUGAGAAACAGGGUGGCUGAGCUGGUUGGCAUGAAAUGCUCGGCUGUGUUAGCAACGCUCAAAGCUGUCUGUUUUCCAUUUGUUGGUUUUAAUCAUAAAAUUGUCAAGUGAUCUGUGUUUGUACUUUAUUUUUUUAUGCCUUCUGGAAAGGUCUAACGCAGAAACAUUUUGCCUUUUCUUCCCCGUGUAUCUGAACAUUAACCACAUUGUCUCAGAUACAAGGAAAGAAUAAUCCAGAAGCUAGGGCUUCUGCUGGCUGUCACCUCUGAGGACUCAGGGAGAUGGAAGGAGGCGGGGCGGGAUGGGGAAUGGCCUGGCGGAUGGAGGUAGAAAAAGGAGGAGAAAUGGACCGAGACGCAUUUAGGACGCAGAGGGUUGAUGGGAUGGCUGUGUGCCGGGUGCGGUUCGGGAUCCAGCUGCUUAGCGGCCUGUGGGUGGGGCGGACUGUCGGCAAGAUUUACAGCUGGAUUACACACGCCCUGUGUGCUCGGAGUUGUAGAAUUGUGAACGUUCAGCAGCAUGUGCGUAGCUUUCUUUUGGUUGGCGGGGAUUCAGGAUCACGGAGUCCUGCUGUCAUCACUGAAUGCGUGUUUGUUCCUGGCAGAGAACCUUAAAAGAGGCUUUUGCCUCAGUGAUGCCUCCUAGCCCCAGCCUGGAGCCUAGGGCGCUGUUAUGGUCUAUUGAGGGACAAGAAGGUACAACGUCUGGAGAAGGAAAACUAGGUCAGCCCUCAGACACAGCAGCAGCCACCCGCCGGACGCUGGGAGACAGCUCUCUCCCCGUCGGUAGUGCCCAGGGCCUGAGACGGGGCUUUGAUGCCCCGACGGUGGGGCAGCCUGGGUUCCUUAGUCCUCUGUGCUGUCGCCAGCCUCCCGCACCUCCUUGUCAGGGGCCCCAGGCUCAGAAGCAGCCGCGGCUGCAAGCUGACAGCCCCCAGGAGCCGGCCCAGGGACGAUGGCACCCUCCCCCUACCCACCCCCCCUUUAGGUCCCACUGUGCGUUAUAACUUUGUCUUCCUCCCCGUCUCGUCGAGACUUGUUUUCUCUGAGGGCCAGGCUCUCCCAGCAGCCUGCUAAGAGCAGCGAUUAGACCUCUUACGCAGUUUACCUCAGCAGCCUGUGCAGCCCUUCGCCACAUUGAUGACAAGUCCUGCUUAGACGCUGGGCAAGAGUUUAAAAGGGCGUUUCCAUGUCUACUGGUCUUAGAAAAGAAACGCAGUUCAAUAUGUCAGUUUCAUAGGAAGAAAGAUGAUCAAAUUCGUAAUCUAGGAAAAUACUGACUCUGAAUCUUGGACUCUGGGACUCUGAUAUGUUUUUUAUGAAAGGCAAGAUAGUUGGUAUCUAAGGCUCUCUCCUUCCGCCUCCCAACUUCCUCAUAAAAUAAGGUAUCAGAUUGCACUCUACAUGUUUACAUAAAAUCUGCCUUCCAUGCCUUUCCCCCUGGAAGACUUGCUCAGAGUUUUAUUUCUUUGUACCUUUUAGAAAUUAAACUUGUUGCUAAGUUGCUUAAAACCCUAGUAGAAGAAUAAGGCCUGGUUGGGGAGAGAGAAUACGUAUCUAAGGGCAUAAUGUAACGGUGGCUUGAAGCAGGAAUGUGGCUUCUCAAUGUCACAGGUGGAUUACUGGACCCUCACCUCCACCCCCAGCGCCUGUGUAAAGCCAGGUGAGCCAGUCGGCUUCCGCACUGCAAAUGUCCGUGCCGUAGACCUUCGGAAUUUCAUGGAUAAGGUCUGUGAGUUUCACGGAUAAGGUCUAUGAAUUGCCUUUUGCCAAUGAAUGGACAUGUUUUUCCAAGGGGGGAAAUGCCCUUGACCUCAGUCAUCUUUUCGCGUGUCUCUGGAAGAGGGUCCGACGCUAUGGAGGAAAAUGAGGACUAUGGUAAUAGACUUACUUUUGUGACAGACCUUAGGACCCGCUCGCUAGCUAUGUCAUGCUUUCCAGAAGACUCUUGUACCUUAUCUGGGAUCUAAUCUAAUCUUGGGGAAAGAGGAAAAGGAAUUAACAUUUAUUAUUUAAACUCUCUCUGUGCCAGAUACCGUGCUAGGCAUUUUUAUAAUUGUCUUGUCACAAUAAUCCUGGGAAGUGGCUCUAUUCCCCCCGUGUUCUAAGCGGUGUAUCUUAAGUGUAGGAUGCAUCUAUCCAAUGUACAUGCCCAUGUUGAAAGACAGAAAGAUGUCAUUCAAGUGUUUUCUAAAUUGUUUUUUAUUAUUACUCUGCCCUUUGCAACGCAGCACUGUGAAAACAGCCCUUUGGGGGCCUCUCCCUUUUCCAGAAUCUCUCCUUGGCGCAUCACCAUGGUUUCCUCGUGGGGAGUGUUUUACUUGGCCUUCCCAUAUCUUGAUGAGCUACACACAAAGCAGGAGAGGCUAGCAGGGUGUUAAUGCCCAGAAGCGAAAGGCUUUGGGAUUUUAGGCGCAAAUCUCUCUCCUUGGAAUCCUUUCAGCAUCUGGAAAAGGAUGGUAUCUGCAGUUAGGUAUCAGACGCGGCCCGAACAGGCCUUUGAGCACUCUGAUGGCUUUCCUGGGUCCCAGGGCUUGCUUCGUCCCAGGAUGCAUCUUUUCACAGUGAAAAGCCUUAACCUUCAGAGAAGUUUAGGAGAAUCUGAUCUCCAAAGGUGGAGGAAAGGCAAUGCCUGGACCAUUAACUUGAAGUACUUUGCUGUGGGCUAGGGAUGGACAUCUCUUUUUGAUCUUUAGACUGGGGCUUCUGUAUUUUCCAGGCUAGUUUAAACAUUGAAACUAGAUGUGAAUCUCUCUCAAGAUCUUAAAUGUUUUAGAUAGUCAUGUAGUGACUUGGAUAGGCAUUUAAAUAAUUUGUUCCAAGGUCAGAAGAGCCCAAGAAUUCCCCAGAGUUCCUCUCCUUGCUUCUAAAGGCACAACCUCUAAAGAAGAUGACUCAUGUCUCCACGGCAACUGUUAAAGGUGCUGUCUAGAGGGGACCCGCCUCCGCCCUCACUUACUUAGCUUGAAAGAAUCAAAAGAAUUUCCUUGUGUCAAGGGGGUGCUAUGUCCAGUUUUUUUAUGAAAACUGUCCCCAAGAUUUCUGCCUCUUUCUAAUAUGGUAGCUGUCAAACUCCUUCAAGAUGAUGUAGGAAAUGGCUCUUAUCUCCUGGAAGCCAGAGAAAUUGCUUUAAUUCAGCAAGACUCACCCCUAAACCAAAGGCCCUGUUCUAAUACUGUCUUCCCUCUCUACUCUGAAUUCUCCCUUCUUUCCUUUCCAGGGGUUAUUUUUAGCCCAAGGCUUUGCAUCUGAUUAAGACUUAGAGGCAGUAAAAAGAACGCCAUGACUCAGCCAGAACUGCCUUAGGGUCCGCAGGGUUUGAGAAUAGCUCUAGAAUCUCAGGGACCACUGGGCUUAGACCCAGAAGUGAUAGAACAGCCCCUGGUUUCUGGCAUUUCAGUGCAGAUCUUCAGGGACUGUUCUCCCUUGACGGUCAAGUGAGCAAGGGAAGUUUCGCAAUAGGUUGCAAGCCAGCUUUUCCAUUCAAAGCAAGAUGCAAAUUCAUUUUUAAAUUUUUGUAUCUAUUUUCCUGGAGCAGAACCAGGCAGCUGCCAUAUUAGGAUUCUAAAUUUGGAUCAAUUUCCUAACACACACACACACACACACACACCCCCCCACAGAAAGAUACAUGGAGAAAAAAUACAUAACUACUUUAUCAUUGAAGUACUUCAAGGAAGAGCUGCAUUUGCCUUUUUUGUAAUCUCUAGGAUGAUGUCUAGGAAAGCAUUAGUGUAAGUAUAAUAAUACCAACCAGGAAAAGCGAGUGAUCACCCUCGUGAAAAUUUGAGUUAGACGAAUAAGAGGAUGGAGGUCUGCUGGUCAUCUGGCCUUGUGCCUCCUCUGUACCAGGAUGCCUGCCACUAGCAUCUUUCACUCACCUGGGCUCUAACCUGGACUCUGGCAGCCGUUCCCAACUCCAGGCGCUUAUAGGCCCCAUCCCUCAGGACACAUCCCAAGUCUAGCCGUGCACCCCCGCGUUUCCCACACUUUCCCACUCAGCCCGUGUGGCCCUCACUGUGGAUAUCAGCAGCUCCACUGUGACACCAGUGAGUGGGAUUGGGGCCCCUUUGCCUAGGCUGGCCCAGAUGUAGCCUUUUUAGCAUUGCCUCUCCCAUUGUCGAGGACUCAUUUAUUCGACAGGUUGUUUGGAGCAGCUAGUACACUCCAGGCCCUGAGCUAAUCGCCAGCAGUACACGGUUGACCCGAGCCCGGCUUCCGCCCUCGAGGAGCCCACCGUGAGUGGGAAGACUGUGGGGAGUGCCACUGUAGGGAAUUACCGGGUGCCACGGGAGCAUCUCAGAGGGGCAGCCACCCAGCUUUGAAAUUGGGGGACUUUCUAAAAGAGGGGACGUCAAAGCCCAAGUCUGUCAGAGGCCUGAGAGAGAACAUUGCAAAGGGCCUUCCAGACUGAGGGGACAGCAUGGGACACGGGCCAGAGGAGGGACAGCGUGGGUUGCCAGGGCCUGCGUGCAGUCAAGCAGCUGGACCUGGGAGUCGAGGAGGAAGGAGAGGAGAGAGGGAUGUGGUCAGGCAGUCAGUGACCCAGCCCGGGGGGCAUAGAGAGACCUGUAGGUGAUGCUCUGCCCUCCAAAGCCCCCUGCCGAGGCCACCCAGAGAGGUAAGUGUGCUCCCUGUCAGGACCGUGAUUUCCCCCCUCGCUGUAGAAUUGCACAGUUGUUUGCUGAGAUGAUUUAUUCCCGUGUGUUCCACCCCUGCCCCAGUUCCCUGUCCUCUCCCCUAAAGCUCUUUGAUUUCAAGGGCUUUAACCUGGGCUGGAUUUAGAGACAUACAGGGGACAGCUCUGGGUCAUUCUGACCUGCCUGUAGAGCCACCAAGGCUAAAAAUACCGCUUGAGAGCAGGCUGGCUGAGACCCCAGGAUGAGGGCGCACCCUAGGAUAAAUACGCAGGAAGCUGCGAAGGGCUUCCCACCCCAGGGUGCGAGGCCUUCAUUCAUUCUGCCGAACGACAGCCUCCCUUGGACAGCUUUUCCCUGGGUUGGGUCCCACCUGGUGGCCAAGGCUCUGCUGUGUCCGCAGUGUGUACCUAUGUCUUGCCAAAGAAAGGGGAAUUUAAAAAAAAAAAAAAAGAAAAGAAAAGCACAGAUGGAUUGUAUGCACGUGGAAAAUACCCGCAAGCCCAGACAGCUGCCGUGAGCCUCGUGGGGACAGGGAGGUGCCCGGAGCUCUGUGCUCUUGGGGAGUGAUGCAGGGAAGGUUCAGAGACAGCAGAGUCUCUCUGUGCAGACAACUUGCAGUGCAUUUUAGGUUUUCCACAGAACCUAUCCGGAGAUCAGAACAUUCCUCUUGCCCCCAGAUAAUUAGAGGCUUUAUAAGGAGACGAAAAAGAAUUCGAUGAAUCAAAAUACUAGCUGUGAGGCAGCAUGAAACUGCCGUUCUUUUUCAAGAAACUCCAGAAAAGGCCUCAACAGGUAACAUAAUUUCCUUGAGAAGUUGGAGGCCUUGGGGGCUGAAGGCGGUUUUCCUAGCGGAGUGGCUCAGGUCUCCUGCCUGGGGACCCCAAGGGGCCCUGAGGACUGCUUGGGGCUCACCUAUUUUGCACCUGCCCUCCUGGGUACAUCCUGGCACAUUCACCAGCCUUCUGGACCCUUGGAAAGACUGCCCCUCAAACACCUGCUCUUUUCCCAGAUAUUCCUCUGGCUUCUUGCUGAGGAAUUUCUAAUUCUGUGUCUUGUGGUUCCCACGUGAAUAUCCCCCCAGCCUAGGCGUUUUGAUUAGCAUUCAGCCUGUGGUAAUCAUGAUGCUGGAAACUGACAGAACGUUUGGCCUCAAAUACACCUACUUUAAAAUGAAGCCCCUGGCAGGUCCCCUUGGUAGGGGCGUGGUCAUGGAAUAUGGCCAGGUUUGUCUUAGGGCCCCCUCUCCCCCUGUCCGCCCUGGUCCAGUUCCCUCUCCAUCACCAGGAAGACAUCAAAAUGCUUCCCUGCCAGGUGUCAGUGGCUGUGUAUCUGCUCUUCCCAAGGGCAUUUGUGUUUUAUUUAGGGUAAGGCCUUGUAUGCAAGGAAAAUCUAGUGGUGGCUUCAGGAGGCAUCAGCUCUCAUUCAGCUCUGGGAGGUAAUCUUGAGGCACUGCUCUUCUGAGCACCUGCAGAGGCUUCCUCGGGUGGGCAUGGGAGCCCCGCCAGGCAACCUCCCCAGGGCUCCACGGGCACGUGACGUCUGUAAAGCAGUGGGUACCCAGCUGUUUGGACCACACACGCCCCUCAGCAAAAACCUUGUGAGAUGCACCCACCCCCUGUUUAUUAAUUUCUGUAAAGUAUAUAUUCAUAGUCUCCUGUGCUAAUAUAUUAGGCACAUUUUAAAAAGUACACAGCAUAGAAAUUUUUAAAGAAUAAGGUACAAAAAUUAUAGAUAGAUUCUGGUAUCGUCUCUCUGGACCCCCGAGGGUUUGGGUGCCCCCUCGUCUGUGCACAGCCACUUUGGACACCCUUGUUGUAAGAGCAAAUCCGCACAACUUGAUGGCAUCCAUCCCAAACCACGGUGCUGGCGCUCAGCCUGCAGAAUAAGAAGGUCUUAAAGCAAAAUCCCCAGGAGUUUCUAACCUGGGAAACAAGGCAAGCAAACACUCAAACAACAUAAGCUUAAACAAGUCAAAACUCCAUUCGGCAAGAGAGCUGUCCCUAGACAGUAGUGUAGGUGCUAAGAACAGAUCAGGUGUGCUGUACAGAGCCGUGAGGUGGUUCAUCUUCCCUCUCUGGGUCUCCAGAAAAGAACACUUGGCAAUAUCCCCAGCUCUCUCAUGACUGGAAUUCUCCGAACCCUCAAAGUGCUUCAGCAGUACUGUUAUUCUCCAUGGCACCAGUGGGUCCACGUUGCUUGAAUAUUAUUUUUGAUUUGACCACCAAGAUGUGAUGAUGACUCUGUUUCAUUCGAAAAGGGUCUGAGAAAGUGUACAGGUCUAAUUAUAUAUACAUAUUUAUACCUGUGUAUUUUUGUUUAUUGUUACAUUUUGACAUUGGACUUUCUAUUAAAUAAUUUUUAACAGUUGAC